AUGACCGAUGGAUCCGACAAACCCAACGACCAGUCCACUACCCAGCCUGAUCUUGAACAGCAGUCCAAUCAUCCAGCCUCACCAAAUCACAUCAUUCACCCCAACAAGCCACUGAACAACUCUGUUCACAACACCCAAUAUGUCAACAGCCAUCGCACCUACCCUGAACCUGACCAGUCAUUCUCACCCCAACCCACAAUGCCACCAACCCGUAUCAUCAAUGACAGCUAUAGCAAGACAACACUUCCAACACAGCCAUCACACCCUCACUCAAAUGCCUCGAAAACCAAACACCAUAGAGAGUUCCAAUAA